CAAGAAUUUCCGAGUUUAUAUUAUAUCCAUGAAAGCAGCAGUAAAUCGAAUCGUCUAAAAUAUUCAAAAUCAAACACUCAAAUAUAAAUCAAAAUAUUAAUCAAAGAAAUUAAACAAAUCUCUGUCUCUCCUCUCUGGUUCUUCCUAUCUAGUCUUAUUAUUUAUAUCAUUAUUUGGCUGUGCCCUACCCUAGAUCUUGAAUUUCAUUCAAAACCCAACUCUUUUCUUUAUUUAGAUCCUUCAAUCCAUUGAUUUAUUUGCCAAUUAAAGAUCUGGGUUCUUUUUUUCAGAAUUUCGCUUGAGUGUUGAAUUCUAACUGCUUGUUGGAGAGGGAGAGAGUGGUGGAUGUUUUAACUGAUUGGCAUGACCUUGAGGUAGAAGUACUGAUGUGCUUAUACUGAAAUGAAAGCAGCUCAGGCGUGGCGUCUAGGCAUGGGGGAUGGGCAGAUCUUGCCUGGGCCUCGCCACCGCGCUCCUAUGAAGAGGCCAAUGUGGAUAAUAGUGUUGGUUUCAAUGGUCAGCUUGUUUCUAGUUUGUGCUUAUGUCUAUCCACCCCAGAGCAAUUCUGCCUGUUAUGUAUUUUCAUCGAGAGGUUGCAAGGCUCUUACUGAUUGGCUUCCACCUGUUCCUGCAAGAGAAUUUACAGAUGAAGAAAUUGCUGCUCAUGUUGUUAUUAGGGAAAUUUUGAACACAACUCCUGCAAGAUCAAAAAAUCCCAAAAUUGCUUUUAUGUUCUUGACACCUGGUUCAUUACCUUUUGAGAAGUUAUGGGAAAAGUUCUUAUCUGGCCAUGAAGAUAGGUUCUCAAUAUAUGUGCAUGCAUCAAAGCAAAAACCAGUGCAUGUGAGCCGUUACUUUAUCAAUCGGGACAUACGUAGUGACCAGGUAGUAUGGGGAAAGAUUUCAAUGGUUGAUGCAGAGAGGCGACUUUUAGCAAAUGCUCUUAGAGAUCCUGACAACCAGCAUUUUGUGUUACUUUCUGAUAGUUGUGUGCCAUUACAUAACUUCGACUACGUGUACAACUACCUGAUGUACUCAAAUCUCAGCUACGUUGAUUGCUUUUAUGACCCUGGUCCUGUUGGGAAUGGAAGGUACUCAGAGCACAUGUUACCUGAAAUUGUGAAGAAAGACUUCAGAAAGGGUGCACAGUGGUUCUCAAUGAAACGACAGCAUGCUUUGAUAGUUAUGGCUGAUAAUCUCUACUACUCAAAAUUCCGUGAUUACUGCAAGCCUGGUUUGGAAGGAAAAAAUUGCAUUGCUGAUGAACAUUAUUUACCAACCUUUUUUAACAUUGUUGAUCCUGCUGGAAUUGCAAAUUGGUCAGUAACACAUGUUGAUUGGUCUGAGAGAAAAUGGCAUCCAAAAUCUUAUAGGGCUCAGGAUAUUACGUAUGAGCUUCUGAAGAAUAUAACGUCAGUUGAUGAAAGUAUACAUGUGACAAGUGAUGAAAAGAAAGAAGUGCAAGUGCAGCCAUGCUCAUGGAAUGGCAUACAGCGACCAUGCUACUUAUUUGCGCGGAAAUUCUACCCAGAAGCUAUCGACAACCUGUUACAGCUUUUCUCAAACUAUUCAACAAUUUGAGUGAGAUAAUUUGACUAUAAAUUCUUUGGUCGGAAUCACAGCUGUUUUCGGCCCCCACUCGAUAUCUUGGUUUCUGAUAUAUACCAAAACAAAUAUGUAAAUGCUGCGUUACUGAGGCGUUAAUGUGCGCUGCCGGAGCACAGUUGGUGUGCGGAUGGGAAACCAGGAGAGCGGUUAGGGUGACAUAGUUCAGGUGGAGGCUAACAAUUUAGUGUUGGCUUCCGUUAGGGGGUGGGUGAUGAUUUAUUGUCCAUUUUGUCCCUCUAUUUUUGGGCUCUAUUGAUGAUGUUCUCUACAUUUUGGUAUAGAAAAUUUUGGGGGAUUUAUUGGAUAUUUUUUUAGAAGUUGCAAAUACAGGAAAGCACUAUUUUAAGGAUUACAAUUCCAACAUAUUGUGUAAAGCAAACGAAUAUUAGAUUGUAAAUUAUCUCUUUUCCUGCAAUCCUAAUUUUUUAGCACAAUUUUGUGAA